AUGAAGGCCAUUGUGAUUGAAAAAUUUGGGGGACCCGAGUCUCUUGUUAUCAAAGAUGUUGCCCAGCCAAAACCCGAGAUUGGCUGGGUAGUGAUUCGCGUGAAAGCCUUCGGCGUCAACCAUGCCGAGAUGCAUAUGCGAAAAGGCGAAUGGGCCGAGUGGACGCCUAUUAGUGGCAUUGAGUGCGUCGGUAUAGUCGCGGCAUGCCCCGGUGGCGAGUUCGCAGAGGGAACUAUGGUCGCCAGUGUCAUGGGCGGCCUUGGACGCACUAUCAGCGGUAGCUAUGCCGAGUUCACAAGAGCCCAGGUCUCAAAUGUCGUUGCGCUCGGCCCGGCAGCUUCCAAUAUUCCUUGGGACCAGCUCGCUGCCAUCCCAGAAACGUAUGCUACAGCAUGGACUUGCCUCUUCCGAAAUCUCGAGCUCUCGAAGGGGCAAAAGCUCUUAAUCCGUGGCGGGACCUCUGCUUUCGGCAGAGCAGCUAUCAAUCUCGCCGUCCACGCUGGAGCCCAUGUUUUUGCAACAACUCGAAAUGGAAGCCGGGCCGCUCAGCUGACAGCCCUUGGAGUGCAAAAAGUCGUGAUAGAAGGACAAAACUUGUCUGAACGGCUCCCCGAAAAGUUCGAUGCGAUUCUCGAGCUUGUAGGCAAUAGCACCAUCGUCGACUCUCUGAAGAUGGUUCACCGUGGUGGCAGAGUUUGCCUGGCAGGCUUUCUGGGGGGUCUCGCCCCGAUCCCAGAAUUCAAUCCACUCCUGCAGAUGGCUAGUGGUGUUCAUUUCAGUUUCUUUGGCAGCUUUGCUUUCGGAACACCUGAAUUUCCGCUGUCAGAUGUACCACUGCAAGAUGUCGUCAAGAUGGCUGCAAGUGGAGAACUAAAUGCCAAACCGUGGAAGGUUUUCAAGUUCGGUGAUAUACACGAAGCUCAUCGAUUGAUGGAGAACAGCGACGCCCAGGGUAAAAUGGUGGUGCUCGUGGACUAG